AUGAUCCGAAAGCCAAAGCAACGUAAUUUACGUGGUCGGACGGAGAUUGAUAAUGUUGAAGAAGAUCAUUCAAAUGUUCCAAAUUCUCAAUCGGCUGUUGUGAAUGAACAAAGUGUAGAAACAAAAAUUGUAGUUAAGAAAGUAGAUGUACCAAAAUCUUUAUUAAGUUUUGGUGACGAUGAAGGUGACACUGAAGAGUUUAAAGUUAAUAAAACACGCGAAAGUCGAAAAAUGACAAAAGAAUUAAAAAAACAACAACAUCAAUUGCUUAAUACAUCGAUCGAUUCGAAAGUGCACGUAGUUACGCAACCGGCAACAACAACAACAUCAGCUGUGGAAGAAAUAAUUACACCUAAGGAAGAAAAUAAUAAUACUAAUGGUGAAAUUGAAAUAAAAUUUAAACCUCUUCAGAUUAUUGCAAAUAAAUCUUCAACAAAUUCAUUUACAAGCUCCAAUACUGACUUACAGCGUCUUCGAAAAGAAAUGAGAGUACUCAAUGGACCAGUAGGAGAUGUUCCAGAUAUAGAUGAUAUUCAAGGGGUUUUUGAAGGCAAUGAUGAUGAUGAUGAUAAUGUACUUGAUGAUACACAACGUUCAGUCAAAGUUAUGUUAAGAAGUGGUGUUAUUCCAGAUUCCACUAUGAUACACGCAGCACGUAAACGACGUCAAAUGGCUCGAGAAAUGGGUGAGCCCGGUGAUUUUAUUUCACUAAGUACUGAAGCUGAAAAUAGUCGAAAAUCACGUUUAAUACGUGAUGAUGAAAAUGAUGGUAGUGAUGAUAGUGCAACUGAAGAUCCACAUAUCGUUAGUAUGGAUAGAAACAAAACAAGAGCUGAAAACGAACGUCAAAAAAAUCGAGAUCGAUUUUUAGAAUUAGAACAAGGAAGUGAUAACGAUGAAGAUGAAGAAGAAUUCCGUCGAUUUGAACAUGAACAAAUUCGCAAAGGUGUUAGUUCGAAAAUCACUGGAAUGUCAGCAAUCAAAAAAUUGGCUUCCUCUUCUUCCAAACCUCAACUGUCUCACCUACAAACAGAAAAUACUUCUUCAUCGCUGGUUGAGCCACAGCCCAUGGAAGUAGAAAUAACACGAGAAUUACCUCCACUUGAAUUGCCAACUAUUACAUUUGAUCAUAUUCGAGAUCGUUUACGUGAUUCAUUAGAUUCAAUAAAAGAAUCAAAUGAAAAACAUAAAGUUGAUUAUGAAAAGAUAACUCACGCGUAUGAAGCUAGUCAAGUAUCAUUAGAACAAAAUACAAUUGAUUAUCCAAAAAUGGAAAAAGCAUAUCAAUUUUAUCAACAAUGUCGCGCUUAUGUAUAUUCACUUAUUGAGUGUUAUAACGAAAAAAUGAUAACUAUGAUUAAUCUUGAAGAUCGUUUGUUACAAUUAUAUAAACAGAGAACAGAUAUGAUUGUAUCUCGUCGACAAGAAGAUUUCAAAGAUCAAUGUACAGAAUAUUCAAUAACAAAAGCAACAGCAUUUAUCAAUGGCACUUUACCAACGAAUGAUUUUCGAACACCUCUCGAUCAAAAACGACAACGUCGAGCAACUGAACGUGAAGCUCGACGUUUACGAAGAAGAAAAGAUCGUGAACAAACAUCAGCACAGCACUUCGAUGGAAUGUCAACCGACGAUGAAGAAAAUCAAUCAGAUAUUAAUUUAUUUUUAAAAACAAAACAAGAGAUUCUGAAUGAAGCUGAACAUUUACUUGAUGAUGUUUCUGACGAAUUUUCUCAAUAUAAAAAUGUAAAGCUAAUAUUUGAACAGUGGAAAUAUCAACAGAAUGAAACAUAUACAGAUGCUUUUAUUGAAAUAUGUUUACCAAAAGUGUUUUCACCAUUAAUACGACGAGAAAUUCUUGAUUGGAAACCAUUUGAAGUUACCUUUCGAGCAAUUGAAGAUUAUCAAUGGUAUCAAGAUUUAUUAUUUUACGGUGUAAAAGAUGGAUAUAAUGAAGCUGAAAAUUUUCAAUUUAUACCAUUAACUAUUGAAAAAGUGAUUCUACCAAAACUAACAAGUAUUAUCGAAAAUAUAUACGAUCCAUUGUCAGCCAAACAAACAAAAAGUCUUGUUAAAACAAUCGAAAAUAUAUUUCAAACAUAUCCAACAAUGACUGAUGAUUGUAAAAAUGUUCAAAUUCUACUUAAAGCGAUUGUCGAUCGUUUACAACGUUCAUUGGAUGACGAUAUUUAUAUUCCGUUAUAUCCAAAAGAAAUCAUUGCAAUUGGCUCAUCAAGAAUAUCAUCAAAUAAUUCAACAGUGAUUGCAACAGAAUUUUUCUUUCGUCAAUAUUGGACAUGCGUUAAACUAUUGAGUAAUAUAACAUCGUGGUCGCAAAUUCUCUCGUUAAAAACAAUACUUGACUUAUCUAUCGAUGGUCUUCUGAAUCGUUAUAUAUUAAUAGCACUAAAAAAUAUGGAUUUAACAUCAAACGAAAUGAUCACACGUUGUCUUCUAUUGGCAAAAUGUUUUCCAAUAAAACAGUGGUUAGAUAAUAAUAAUACAAUUUUGAAUGAUCAAUUAAAAGAUGCAACAUUACCAGCAUUAGAAAAUUUUUGUUUAUUUUUAAAACAACUUGCACAAGAAUAUUCAACACAAUUUUUUAGUGCAAAUGAAAAAGAUAAAAAAAUGUAUAAAGAAAAUAUUCGUCAAAUUCGCAUUAUUUUUGUGCAUCUUCAUGCAUUGGAUCAUGCUCUUGAACUUACAAAUGAAUAUGAGAUUAAAUAA